CUCAGUUGUGAGAACCGAAGACGAGAAAUUAUAAUAGGAAGCCACGGAGCCGAAGAGGCGGAUUAGACAGUCUGUGUCGCCGCUCGUCGUUGUCGCUGUAUUACACGGUAACAUUCAGUGAGGAGAUGUGAGUCACUCGGCGCCAUUAAAGCGGUUCAAUAAAGCGUUCGCGGACUUGGCAGCUGCACAGACUUCACACUGAAGAGGAGAUAAAACACAACCCUAUGAUGUUUUCACGUUUACCAGUGUCCUGAAAACUGCAGACUUCAAUCCAAGCAAUAGCACUGAACUACCACCAGGGGUGAGAGAGAGGUACAGGCUUUAAGCUCUGGCUCACUAAUCAGACGUCAUGUCUUCCAGGGACCGUCGGUCAGAUGUCUACAUAAAGGCAGAACCGAGUAGCCCAGAGGGAGGAGGGGGAGGUCGCAUAAGUCCCGGCGGAGCCUCCUCGGACUCCUCUCAAAGUGGAACCAGAGGAGACGGCACCAAACGGUACUCGCCGCCACUCUACACGCCAGCUCUGCGUUGUCACUUCAAAGACGAGGGAGGUGAUGGAGCAGAGGAGGGCUCCACUGGAAAUGGAGCGGGGCGAUGCAAGUACGCCCUCAGCACGCUACCCAAGAGGCUCUGUUUAGUAUGUGGAGAUGUGGCUUCAGGUUACCACUAUGGUGUGGCAUCUUGUGAGGCCUGCAAGGCAUUCUUCAAGAGGACCAUUCAAGGUAACAUUGAAUACAGCUGUCCAGCAUCAAAUGAGUGUGAGAUCACCAAAAGGCGCCGAAAGGCUUGCCAGGCAUGCCGCUUCACUAAGUGCCUCAAAGUAGGCAUGCUGAAGGAGGGAGUUCGUCUCGACAGGGUCAGAGGUGGAAGACAGAAGUACAAAAGGCGUCCAGAGGUGGAGAACGCAACAUACCAGAGUGCUCCUCUGCCACUGAUGAAGGAAAAUGAAAAAGGAUCCUCCAACAUCAUCGUCUCUCACCUCCUAGUGGCAGAGCCGGAGAAGUUAUUCGCCAUGCCCGACCCUCUGCAGCCUGACACAGCCCAGCGGACGCUCACCACCCUCUGUGACCUCGCCGACCGCGAGCUGGUGGUCAUCAUCGGUUGGGCCAAACACAUUCCAGGCUUCCUGUCACUUUCCCUCGCAGACCAGAUGUCUGUGCUGCAGUCGGUGUGGCUGGAGGUACUGGUGCUGGGUGUCGCGUACCGCUCACUCGGCUGCGAGGACGAGGUGGUGUUUGCAGAGGACUUUGUCCUCGACGAGGAGAUGUCGCGUGUCGCAGGACUGACAGAGCUAAAUGCAGCAAUUAGUCAACUCGCUCGCCGCUUCCGCUCGCUAAAUGUGGACCGGGAGGAAUUUGUCAUGCUAAAAGCCAUCGCACUGACUAACUCAGACUCUGUUUACAUUGAGGAUAUGGAGGCUGUGCAGAAGCUGAGGGACCUCCUCCAUCAGGCGCUGCUGGAGCUGGAGUGUCAGCGGCGCCCGGACGACCCCCAGCGUGCAGGACGCCUCCUCUUAACGUUGCCCCUCCUCCGACAAACUGCCGGCCGAGCUCUCACCACAUUCUACAGCAUCAAAACCCGUGGAGGUGUACCCAUGCACAAACUGUUCCUGGAGAUGCUGGAAGCCAUGAUGGACUCUCCCUAGAGCGGAGAUCGGCAGAGGCUGAGAGGACGUGAUGGGAAAGACCCAACAGAGAUCUGAUCUUCUAAAGUAGAUGAGUGAUAUAAGAGAAAGGACAGUUGUCGUAGCGAGUUAAUGAAAAUGAUCCUUUGAUCCUGCGUGAAGAAAGAAAAAGAAUACAACAAAAGAAAAAAAACAAAAACUCAUGUAUCCGUCUCUAAGUGGGAAUGCACUGCUUAGAAUAAGAUGUAACUGCCAAACUGCAGUUAAAGGCUUCAAGAUCCCCAGAGUGACAACACAUCAAUCCCUAAAUAGUUUCAACUAUUUCCAUGGCGUGCUCCCUCACGGCAACAGUCUGCAGUUGUGCAGCCACCGAAGAACACUUAGACGCCUAAGAACAGACUGCUACUACACGGUUCCCGAACUUUUUAAAAGAUAACGCAGCAUUUACUCAUGAAAGCCAUGAUGAAAUGUUCGGCAAAACAGGACUUGAGGGGUGCAGUGUGGUGUCAGAUUGAUGUGCACAUGGAGUGCUUGUAUUAAAUAUACUUUAGUGUGCCAUUGUAGGCAAAUUCAUAGGAAUUACUUGCAAUAUGUUAAAAGCAAUAUAAACGACUUCAUUAGUGUCUGUUGCAAUUUAAAAUGUGGAUAAAAAUGGUGAGACAUCUAGUUGUGUGUGUGUGUUUGUGUACAUCAGUAGUUCUCCACUCUCAGGACCCCAGGUGCUAGCUUCUAGCGGAGCCAGCUUUGGAUCAUUGAUACCAGGUGAGUUGGCGUAAAUUAAAAAUAAACCUGGUUAACAAAGAGAACAGCAGCAGCACACUUUGGGGUUAAAUGCUGGAAUUGAGAACCACUGGUGUACGUAGUCAGAGCAGGAUUCUAUACGAAGUUGAUUUGUUGUCCAGGAGAAGUGCGUAUGAAGACUGUGUACUCAUAACAUGCUCCUCUUGGAAGGUCAUGUUUAGUCAGUGUUGUAUGUAAAUCCCUUUGACACACCAAGAACUGGCUUCCAUAUAAGGAGGCGUGUGCGUACGUGUGCAGUCAAAACCAAUGAGCUACACUGAAAUCAGGGAAGAAUGCAGCUCUGACAUGAAAGCCAGUGUGGCAACAUUAGUGGUUAGAAAAAAAUGCAUAUUCUUUUAUUUUUUAUUUUUUUUGGUCUUCAUCCUCUCCUCUCACUAGAUCCAACCAUUUUUAUUGUCUGUGCUGUUAAAAAAAGACAAAUCCGACUUGUUUCAUUUGUGGGAUGUAACGUAUAACACUAAUCCAUGAUGUAUAAUUUAUAGGUUUUAUGCUGCAUUUUCUGCAGCAGUGAAGAUCACUGCAUACAAGGCGCCGCCUUUCUGUACGUAGACGUGUCGAACUUGAACUUGUUAGUGCCCCUCGAAAGGGCUGGAGGCAACGAGAAAUGCAACAUACGCAACAUCUUCCUUUUUUCGGAUGUUGAAACCUUUUUCUGACUGCGUUCUUUUAAGUCCCACUCGCUGUACAGCAGGUUUGUAUACUUGCAAUAUAACUGAUCAUUAUAGUGCGCUUCAGCUGCAGUGUCUGAUGGCAAAAAAUCAGAUCCCUGAAAAUAAUAGCGUCCACGGGAGUGUCACUCUUUUAGCCAUGUACAGUUCCAUUUUAAAAAGGCAGAAACAUGCCGUUUAUAGUGAAAGAUGAAAAGCCAGCACGUUCUUCAACUUCCCCACAUUUGUAAAGACUUGAAAAAAAGACUUUUUUUCGUACAUUUUCCUUUCUAGGAUUUAAAAGGUAUUUUAUUUACAUUGUGACACACUGUUGUGGGUUUGGUAUUGGAAUGAAGCUCUUCAUUCAUAUUUUUAAUGCAAAUUGUUUGUCUUAUGUGCAGCCGCUGUGUGUUUUUCCGAAAGCUGAUGGUCACUUAGGGAUCAAUUUACACGGCUCUAUAGAUGCAGCUGCAUAGUGAGGUUCCGGGGGGGAGGGGCUACCUCAGGAGGCAGAGCAAAACCACAUGGCCAAAUAACUGUGGGACACACAAACAUUAUGCUUCAUCUUUUGACUUGUCAAAUUUAAAUUUGAAUAUUCGGUACGUUUGAAUGUCCUGGAGUUGUUUUUCACAGCUGUUUUCGUAUAUUUAAGAUAGCGGUUUCCGCAGGAUUGAGGGUGCAAAUUGAAGACGGUUCAUCUUGUGACACACGGGUUUAUCUGGCAAGAUUUUUCCGAAUCACUGAUUUGCUUUCUUAGGCUGCAGCUUACAUAGUCCUAAAUUCCUAAAUAAUUAUAACAAUUUUGGGGGGGCUCUGUGAUUUGUUUACUAACCUAAUUUCUCGAAUAGUGAUCAGAUUUCUGAAACGAACAAAUGCAUACGAUACACGCCUGGGUUGAACUAAAGCUUUUAAAUCUUUGUCUGUCACGCAAGGGUAAUUUUCUUUCAUUAGCAUACAAAUAUGUUUUAGGUACGCUGGUUUGAGGUGAAGACGGGGUCAUGUGCAUUGGCACUGUUUAAAAUACAUUUUUUUAAAAAGUCAUUUGUAGUUUCUAUUAAAUAUGUAUGCAUUAAUAUAAAUGAGCAAUACAAUAAAGUACCAAACCUCACACAUUUCCUUGUAUAGCCACAGUGUACAUUUAACAUUGCCAGUUAUAAUGAAGAAUAGCUACUAAGCGUUAUAUUAUUUAGACGUUCAAAUCAAUGUUUGUAUUUUGAAAGACUAUUUAAAUGAUUAAAUUCUAUUUUUUACUCAA